AUGUCUCUGCAGCAAAAAGAGAUAUGUGAGCCAGAUUUAUUGAAGAGACGGCGAGAAUGCUCUUUGAUGAUUCAUAUUGACCCAUAUAACCCGAUGCGAUAUUACCAACGCGGCUUAACAUACCAAGCGCUUGGAUUUCCCGACUUAGCUGCUGCUGACGCCUACCGUGCUCUGACCUUAUUCGAUUCCGUACUUGAUCCCGACACAAGCGAAUAUCCGGCUCUAAAACGUGUUGGCCCGGAAGCUCUUUUGGAUUUGAGCUCGCUCGAGGCUUUCGUGGGCAGUGGAGGAGAUAGCGAGGAUUACGGAAACUACCACGAUGAGGAAAACCCCACGUACGAACCAAUUUCGGAUAAGGAAUAUGCUGCACAUAUCAUCGAGGUUUAUGAGCUAUUAGUGAAAUGUCUUGCCCAGUGUGGUUGUUUAAGGGACGCCUACGACAUGUGUAUGCAGGCUACCAAUUUACCUAUAGCAGGGAUCAACGGGAGAUCGCAGAACACAGAGCUACGGACGCUACUCAACAAGAUUAAAGAAGCCGCCAUUUCUACUAACAAGGAUUUAUCUGACUUUGAUCCUACAACCCUUCCGGCUCAAGGCCACGCCAGGCGAUCCUUAUACCCAUGGAACACCCACGAACCGGACCGAAACAAACCACAGGUUGUACAGUUCUUGAAUGAACGGCUGGCCCAGAUAGCGCCAAAAUGUGAGGUUCGUACAACAGCUUUACCGUCUUUGCAUGACAGUGUUGUGGAUGGAAACAUACGAGAAGAUAUCACUUUGGAGGGUGGUAGUGUUUCCAUCCAACUUGGCUUAUUUGCUAAGGAAGACAUUGCUCCAGGCGAGGUAAUUUUACACGAAUCAUCAAUGUUAACGGCGACAAACCGACUACAUGAUGAUAUAUGCGAUGCUUGCAAUGGUCGCUUGCCGGAACUCUCUUCCUCUGAGCCGCCCGUGGCUUGUGAGGAUUGCCAUGAUACUAUAUUCUGCAGUCAAAAGUGCCAUGAUCUAGCCCAGGAGCUCUAUCACGGUGCAAUGUGCGGUCAAGAUGGGCUGGAGUCUAUUGGCAAAGAUGUCCCAGAUCCAAAAGACAAAGCAGAUUACCUAUACCUUCUAUUGCUUGAGCGUUCCAUUGCAAUGGCAGCCACUCAAGAUGUCCAUCCUCUUGAACUCCCAGAAGUCAAAUACAUCUGGGGUGAUUUCUCCUCUUUGGAUGAGAAAGAAGACUAUCUUUUGGAUGCAAAUUUCACUAAGCGACCUACAUCAGCUACACUACCGUUUUCUUUCCAGCUUAACAUCGUCCAGCCUAUGCGUAUCCUGGAUGAGAUGGGGAUUGAUCCGUUCAAAUCAUUAGAUCGGUACGACACCUGGGUCCUAAAUACUCUAUACGCCAAGUUCCGUGGGACUGCAUCUGGUCGUCUAUCUACAUGGGAUGGGGGACCUGAAGUUUGUGCGGUACACCCCUUGUGGUGUCUGGCCAACCAUAGCUGCGAUCCAAAUGUGCGGUGGGAAUGGGGUGGUGAGAUUACAUUUACUGCUAGAACCAAGGAGGCAAGAGUUAAAUGGGGACCAGACUCCAAGUCUAGCAUGGGAGGUAUUUCGAAGGGCGAAGAAAUCCUAAAUCACUAUUGCGACAUCAGCCUUCCGGUCAAGGAAAGACGUGAAUGGGCCAUGGGAGCAUUGGGAGGUGCCUGCCUAUGUGAACGCUGUGUCUGGGAGGUUACACAAGCAUAA